CUUUCGAACGAGCGCCCGAUGCGCGCGAAAAACGUAGCUGUCAAACUUUUGCCGCCAUCACUCGGCGUAUUUUGACGUUUGCGAAUUAUAAAACAAAACAAACUUUUUUUUAUAAAUCGACGGCUUCAUUGUAAAUUUAAUUUAGUGUUAUUGAGUGUUUGUAUAAUAUUUUUGAAGUAUGCAGUGAAAAGUGUGUGUUUAUUAAAGAACGUGUAAAUUGGAAUUAAUAAUGCAGCUUCUACACAACGCAUGUGUUGCAUGCUUACUUCUACUGGCUGUGACAAUAGAAAUUGUGCAGCCGACAUGCGUUCUAGAAUCAGACUUCGGUUUCAAAAUCAACUGUGCGUUCAAGAAAUCGGGUCUCUUCAGAGUGAGGAAUCUUGGCGGUGUAAAGGCGCAUGCUAGCAUAGGAUUCAGCCUGGGAGACGAGCUUGGUUUUGAGCAGUCCCUCACUAACUUGGACCCGAGUCGGCGGCGGUCAGUGAGCGUGAAAAAUGGAGCGCCGCCUAACCUCGUCACUGAUACAGGCAGACAAGCUGGGAAGCAAGAGAAACGUGGAAAACAGAACAGAAUCAUGAUGCGGCCACCUGCACCACCCGGCCGUCCAAGUCAGUCAGCAAUGGACAAACUAACUAGUCUGCACCGUCGGGCAUCGAGCACCAUGCGACCUAUCAUCGUGCCUGGGCCCACCAUCGAGGCACCAACUAAACUGACCAGAGUCAACCCCACCGUUACUAUGGCUAAACCGCUUCCCAUGGGCGUACCACCAUUCAAGCCUCUACCACCGAAAGAUGAAAAUAUGAGCGUUCUUCCGAUCGCAGUAACCAAAGUCUACACUCCACUGCAAGUCCCGCAAGCCAAAGCCGGAGUGGUUUAUCCAAGUGAGAACUACCCACAUGUAUCACACGAACAAGUAUCUAAAAUGGUAUCACAGAUGACCGCAACACAUAUGGCUCAGCCACUCUACAGAAUCACACCGACUCCCAUUAUAGUCAACACUCCAAAACUAUACUCCAUACCAACUACACUGAACCCAUUCAUUCCCAUGCCUAUAGCAGCCCCGCCUACCCAGGCCGCUAUGACGAUCAUACCUGCACCAGUUUUAAAAAACUCUAUUAAAGUUGUUCCAUUUUCAAAAGCACCUACUUUCUCAUUCAAACAAAAUACUCAAUCUUUCCACCAAACCAAUCCUAUUUCUAACUUUGUAGACCCUGCUCCUCAACAAAUCCAAGAUCUGGCGAGUUAUCCUGUGUACAAUACUAAGAAAGUCGACGAUUAUAACACUAUAACCGGUUAUGGUGAUGAUGUAACCCUAAAGUUUAAUAAGGAAGAUAUAAAUGCUAAGAUAGUGGAGAUAGCCAAAGCCGGUAACAUAUCAAUGGAGGCAGUGGAGGCGGCAAUAGCGUUACGGCAGCAGCAGUUGUUAAACAAAUACGCAAAUAUUCCGUUGCCGACGACGACGACGACGACAACCACAACGACUACGACAACGACAACUGAACCACCAAUAGUAUUCCAAUCGGAACCCGAGCCGGAGCCAGAAAUUGUUGUACCACAAGUCAAACAAAAACCUGCCAGAUUCCCCACAUCGGGUAAAGUGAUGAAUGCUCCUAAAGAAUAUUACCCUAUCGGUUACGAGAAGAACUUUGACGACCACUUCCAGUCUAAGGUGGAUCUGCCUGACACCACUUUCCACUGCGGUGACCAAAAAUAUUUCCCUGGUUUGUACGGUGAUGAAAGCCUUGGGUGCAUGGUAUUUCACGUAUGCGCCCUCACAGAUGACGGUCUUGUAAUGAAGUCCUUCCUCUGCCCUGAGUCGACCCUCUUUGACCAGACAAUCUUGAAGUGCAACUGGUGGUUCUACGUGGACUGCCCGAGUACUCGUCGCCUCUACGAUACUAACAUCCCUGUUUCGAAAAGCUAUCAGCUCAUGAAAGCACUUACUUUCUUCUCUAGUUAUAAGAAAGAGAUGCAAGAUGAAAACAGUCACUCAGCUAAUCCAGAAGACGUAGAAGGCGUUAAAGAAGCUAUCACUAUUUUAGAGAACCAGAAUCAAAAUCAAAAUGUGCAAAUAGAGGUUGGAAAUACUCCUAACGCCAUACAAAUUAUAACACCACAGCCUUUUGUUGAUGAAAGAAGUAACCAUAGAACGAACAAUGAAACAGCGCCAGUUUAUAGAGGAACAAGAAACUAUAAACCGUCAAAUAAGACAAAUAAACCUCGACAACCAAUCACAAGACAAUCAAAUGAACAAACCAGCUCAGAAUUCCGAUUAGUUACAGUCAAUGCUGAUAUAAAUGUUAAUAAAAAUGACACAUCAAUAGAAAAUGAUAAAACCACUUCUUCCGAAUCUACUGAAAGAAAGUAUAAGAGGAAAAUGUCUCUAAGAAGAAGUAGCUCAACCACAGCUAAACCUUUUACUUCGCCUACUACAAUAUCCACAAAUAACCCUGUCAAAUUAACAUCAUCCAUAGAAAUAAUCAAACAAGAAAAUAAAACUGUAAAUUACUCAAAUAAUACUGAUGUCAAACAAGAAAAACUUACUGAUGAAAUUGAAGCGUUAGACAAAAUAGAUUCUACUAUUUUAAAAGAGGCUGAAAAUUCACCUCCAGUCAAAAGGUUUUACAGAUCUAGCAUAGAAAGAACUAGCGCAGAAAAAAUAAGUCCAGAAAUGGCAAUGGUUAAUAACGAAAAGGUUCAAAUUGUCAGACCAACGUCCGUUGCAAGACUAGUAGGCGAGUAUCCUACUCAGUCAGACACUAUCCAGAAAUUAGAUGAGGCAAUUUUAGGAAAAUCAAGCAGAAGAAUGAAGAAAGAAACGAUCACAGUUGUGACCCCGGAGAGACAUGUCAGAAGUAAAGAACGGACGUAGUUAUUAUGGAAUUUUAGUCAAUAACUAAUUUAAGUGUCAUAUAAAUGUUGCUAUUUAUUUAUUUCACUUCGAAUGCAUUAGUGUUAGUGGUGAAGCCAAUGUCGCAACUCAUGUUGUGCGGUCACCGUCAGAAAGAUGCACAAUUUAGUACCUCUACUAGGUACCAACUUUUCUUUUUAUUUCGACUGAUGUGAGAAAACUUUACUCGUAUUCUUUAUUGAUUUAACUGUCGUUAAUGUAGCUUCUAGUGUUAUUAAAUAUUUAUAUUAGCUGCAAUUAAAUGCAACUUUGUGCAUUCUUUCUUUGGGUGACAUAGCGUAUUGCUCAAUUUAUACGUUAGAUUAGACAAGGAUUCAGUCAAGUGAUAUUAUGGUGUAUGUUUUAGUGUAGAAUUAAACAUGUUUCCUGAUUUA